UUAAGAAAACUGUUUGCAUUUUUGUAAAAUAAAAAAAAUCCGUAACUAAUAUCUAUAGGAAAUUCCUUUAACACAAUUCUAUACGUUACAACUUGUUUAAAAGAAAAUAAAACUUUUAAUAUUAAUAUUUUAUAUGUCUCCACAAAGUCUACAAUCCCCACCCUCUCUAUAUCCAGCCUAUUCAUACAUUACAACUGUCACAAUGCAUGUUGUAAUUGAUAUUUUUUGAGCUGUAAACUUUUCACUCAACCGUACAAUAUAUCAAUCACAAGUUUUUUUGUGGAAAAAGUCUAAGGUUGUUUAAACAACUAUUUAAAUACUGUGUAGAAGUACUCAUACUGGCACAUGAUGAUGAUUAUAAUGAUGUUGUUGUUGUUUGAAAAAGCAGUAUAAGAUGUGCCUAAAGAAGAUGAUGUUGUAUUGAUGGUGCCAGUUUGUUGAUGUAGUCUAAUAAGAGGGGUUGGUAAUAUUGGCCUUUAUUUUAUUAUUAUCAGUUAAUAGUAGACGUUUGAAUGUGUUAAUAAAGCAAAGGAAUACUUCUUGCAUGUUGUAUUUUUAUCAAAUAAACAAAAUACAAAAACAAGAAAGCAAAAGAUAAGAUUUGUUUUCAUAAGCAAAUAUUAAAAAAAAGUCUCGAAGAAUUAGUGUAAAAGUAAAAAAAAAAUAUGUUUAAAACUUGGCGUAAAGUAGAGCUUAAACGUUGGUAUUCCAUACAACAGAAUUUAGAAAAUGCAAAAUUAACAAAAUUACAUCAAGAAAGGGAAACUAUGAUUGUGUUUGUUUACGAUACCGAGUGUUUAAAAGAUGAAGCUGAUGAUCCGGUUAAGGCAGUUUUAUAUUUCCAUCCCAGUUGGGUUUCGGAUACCCAAAAAGUAGCCUUGUGUGGCCAAUUAAUGGGUUCUUCUUAUUUUCUCAAAGAUUGUUUCUUUAAGCCACGCAUUAUUUCCCUUCAAAAUGGUAAAUUUGUUUUUAAAGAAUUUGGCCGUUUUAUAUUGGCUGUGGGCACCGAUCGUAAUAUCUCUGAUUAUCUGUUACAACAUCGUGCUGACUUAUUGGCCUCUUUGGUGAAGUUUUAUCAUCGUGAUUUGCAACUGGUCUACGAUCAAUUUCCUUUGCAGUCUCAGUACAAGAAUUUAUCGGAAAAAUUAUAUCAUAUAUUUGAAACAUAUCUACCAAUUUUACAAUAUAAUGGAAAUAUUUUUCAAAAUAUACCCAAACUACGUAUUCCCAAAACGGCCAGUAAUAUCUUUUUGGAAGCUAUACAAACAUUGCAGUGUUGUCAGCAGACCAAAGGAGUUUUGGGUGGUGCCAUUUUAUAUCAUAACAAAGUCGUUGCCUCUCAACUUAGCGAUGCUGUUACCAAACAAAUCGUCUUAACCGAUCCAUUGCAUAUAAGAACCACAGGAGAACAAUUAACAUCCACAGAAUUUCAUAUACCCAAUGGUGUCCAAAUGUUAGUAGUCUACCUAGAGACUCUACAAUAUCGUAAACUGCAAGCUGAAGCUCAGAGAGCACAAAAUCUACAGACCACUCAAUUGGGUCAAGGGCCUUUACCGUUUCAAUAUAAUAAACGUAAAAUGAAACGUGACAAAUCUCUUAUAUUCACUCAUAUACCCGAAGAGAAUACUACACAGAGUAUAAGUGAACAUCCCGAAGAACAGGCAGAAGAGGCAGCUAACACCACAGCCAUAACCACCGCUGCUCCUGUAAGGCCUAAAAGUCUUAUGAUGACUAGACCUACACACUUGCCUUUGCGCAUUAAAAACUAUUCGAAUAAAGAAUUGCCCGAAUCGGGUAUAGCUUCCAUUAAUUUCGAUGAAACUGAUUCGUAUCCCGAGUUUAUAGGACGCACCUCUGUUUGUUCCACGCCCAUGGCUGAGAAUAAGGUUUUGGCCGUAGGCAAUAUUAUGUCUAUAUGUGCAAAUCCAGAAGAUGAAAACAACUCCAAUAAACAGGUGGAACAAAACAAUACUUUGCAUCAAAUCAAUAGACGUAAUUCGUUAAAAAAAGAUUUUGAAAAAUUCUUCCACAAUUUUAUAACCAAUCCCAAUAAAAUGGAAAGACGCAAUUCCCUAACCGAUAUCCAUGAUUCUUUAAAGAAAUUCUCCAAAAAGAUUUCUUUAAAACAAAUCUCUCAAAGUUUUAAGACUGAUGUUAAUCGCAAUGGCAAUGCUGCCACUGAUAUGUCGCCAGAUUUCAUAGAUGAAGAAGAGAAUUCUGAUAAUUCGGAUGAGAAUAAUAAAACUUCCCGCACCAUAACAGAUCCCACCAAUCCAGUGUUUAAUGCCAAUGGUCAACCCAUAUCACGUAGUUUAUUUCAAGAAUUCCUGGAGAAGUACUACAAAUUAUGGGGUGAGGCCAGUGAGGAAAGUAAACAAGAUGAGGAUAUAGCCAAGCUAAUAGAAGAGUUUAAAGAAUUCGAUAAUGAGCUUAAGAAAUUGGAUGAAUCACUUAGAAAUCCCACUAAUACUAACAAACCGGAUCGUAAUUUAAAUUUGGAAAACUCUUUCACACAAGCAAAACCUAAAACACCUUUGGAUAAAAAAUCUCUUAGUUUACCCCUAAAGUCUAUAUCGGAUUCUACACCCUCCGGGGAACGUCCAGCUGUAACUACCAACCGUAAACAAUUGGGUGGAGUACCAUUAACACCCCUCAUGGCUAAACUAUCGGUAUUGGCUCUGAAUGAGGAACGCCCAGCUUGGGAUGCUACUCCUGGAGCUAAUAUAGAUAUUCAGACUCCUCUGAAUACUUCCAAGACAUUGGGUGGUAAACGCAAUUCUCUUAAAUGUGAUGAUGCGGUAGAUGUUUUGACUUGUCUUUCCUCGAACGUGGGCAAUCAGGAUGGUUUACAAAAGGCUGAAUUGUAUGUGUGUGGUCAGCAGAAUAUGACACUGCUGUUGAUUAUGGAGGAGGGUUGUUCGCAGCAGGCAAAAAUUGUACAGAAAAUGUUCGAUAUUUGUGUCUCGAAAUUCCCACACAUGGAAUCUCAUCUCAGUCAAACGCUAAACAUUAAUGUUGAAGCAGACAAACGUGAUGGCAGCUAUAGUUUUAUGUGUAUCGAUUCCAAAUGGGAUGCCCUAGAACGUAAUGGUCCAUGGAGUCCAGUAGAAUUAAAUACAUUAGAAUGCAUGCAUCGUGAUAUGUUAAAUAAUAAACAAUUAACCGAUUUAAUAUUACGUUCUUAUGAUUCAGUAUAUUAUGGUUAUAAAGCUGGGCGAACAGAAAUAUUCUAUAAAGAACCGGCUAAAGAAAUAACCGGUAUACCACCACCCUCUGAUGCCAUGGGUAAUAUAGCAAUGAGAGCUAAAGGUCGUUUAGAACGUGAUCAUUCCUAUAUAUUGUUUUAAAAAAAAAAGAAAAAUGGCGGAUAUUAGAGCAGAAAUGCCAAAGAUGCAGAUGCGAAGGAAGAAAAGUUAAAGUUAAUUAAUACUUAAACAUAAAUUAGCAUAAAUAUUAUAAAGACGUUUGUUUGUAUUUUAAACGAAAUCCAUUUUACAAAAAAGGAUUUUUUUUAUAAAAAAAAAAUGAAAAAAAGAAAACAUUCUUUAAGGAAACGUCUUUUUAAACUUUUUAUAGUAAAUUAUUUACAUUUUUAUAAAACAAAUGUCAAAGUUUUUUAAAUGUUUUAGUCUAAAUACUUGUUUGUGUUGUUAACACAGUUUUUGUUAAAAAUUUCAUUUUUAUGUAAAAGCUUUUUUAAAAAAAAUCCUUUAUUUAGCUGUUUAAUUUUAGUUGUUAGCUUAUUGAGUACAAAAAUUGUUUUGCUAAAUUUUGUUAUUUAUUUUAUACAAAAAAAUAUUUAAUAAAAAUUAUAUUAAAACUAGUCCUUAUUAAUUUCAACAUUCCCCUUUAUGAUUUAAGGCUGAAAAAUUAAUUUUAUUAAGUUCUUUUUCUUUCAAAAUCUAAGUUUAAGUUUAUUGUGCCAAUUAUUAAAAAAAAAAAAACAUAAAAAAUUAUUGAAAAAAACAAUAAUAUGCCGUCAAAAACAAGCUUUAUAGCAAACUAAUACAGAAUAAAGCUUAUUUUUUAAAUAUUUAUAAAGCUAUAUUUAUUAUGUAUUUUGUAACAGCAAGUUAAGAUAGAAAAAAAAACAUAAAAACUAAAUAUUUAAAAUAUUUUUGCGUCCUCAGCAGAUUAAGUGAAAAGAAACUUUUAAAAAAUAAUAUAUUUUAAAAUAUUAAAAUACCUACACCACACCCCCUGUUACACCAUCUACAGCAGGCAAAAUUUUAAAAUAUUUUUUACAAAACGAAAGUUUUAUAAACGUAACGUUUUUCCUACAAAACAAAAAAAAAUUGUGCAAUUUUUACUUUAAGUUUUAUAUUGUUGUUGUAAAUUAAAUUAUUUAAUAUUUUUUUCUUAAUGAUUGUAAUUAUAUUUAUAUUUUUUAUGUUAUUGUUUUUUUUAUAAAGAUUAUUGCAAAUUUUCUAUUAUUAUUAUUUUAAUAAAGUAGUGUUGUAUUAUUAUCGCCCAA